AUGGCCACUCUUAAUCUGGAUGACGAUGAGCUCAAAGCUCUUGAACAGACACUGAGCAAGGUAGCUCAGCUGUCCAGCAGCGUGCAGAGCUUCAGGCAGGAUCUACUGAAGAGCAAUCCUCUGCCACCUCCAAAAUCAAUUCAAGCUUCAGCCAAAAUUCUUCAAAAGAAUCUCAAGUCGCUUCUAGAGAGCACGAACGAAAAUGCAGACCUCUUCAAUCGCAUGGCCAUCCGUCCAUCGACGAAUUACCCUGGCCGAACCCAAGAAAACGUACUUCUCCAACUCCUGCGCAAGAAACUCGAACCCGACGUCGAAGAAUUCGUCAGUCAAGGUCUCGAAACAGCACGACUCGCUACACCCGAGGGUCUGGAAUCUCUAGAACAAAUCUGGCGCGAAUUGCGAAGUUGGCUCUCGGACCGGGUAAUUCACUUCAUAUCGACCGAAAACAGCGAACCCUAUACGGCGGAAGAACGUGCAAAUGGAGUUAAAAACGUACGCACUGGUCUACGAAGGCCUAUAGAUGAUGAAGAAGAAGAAGAAGAGGACGAGGAGGAAGGCGACGAAGAGGAAGAUGAUGAGGAGCCAGAGAAGCCAGAGAUCCCGGAAGUCAAGGUGCGAGGAGCGGAACCAGAGACAUUGCUUUGGUUUGCGGCACGGGGAGACUUUGAGGUGCCGCGCAACGUUGAGUAUGAGCGCAAAGUGGAUGUCUACAAGGGACUCCAAGGUAUCAACAUACCACCCAGUGACCAACAGCAACAACCUCAGCAAGGGUUUGUUCCUUCAUGA